AACUCAGCUCCCAUAUCUGGAUCUUCUUGAAGCGUAAACAUCCUCAACCGACAGAAGCUGUGAUCAUGGGUUCAGAAACUUUCCUAGAAGUGAUCUUGGCUAUAAUUCUUCCACCAGUCGGGGUAUUCCUUCGUUACGGCUGUGCAGUAGAGUUCUUGAUAUGUUUGUUGCUGACAAUAUUGGGAUAUAUACCAGGGAUCAUAUAUGCAAUAUAUGUACUAGUGGGAUAGCUUGUGAUGAGGUUUUGAAGGAAUAAUGGCAACCGCAUUGUUGAUUUCUCCACUUUGAUGAUUCUCACUAUUAUGAUCUGUAAUCUGGGAUCUUAGCUCAAUUUUCGUUGUAAAUGUUCUAUUUGUUUUUUUUUUUAUGUUUUCUGUUAGAAUUCUUGUGGCAUGCAGAGACUGAUCGAAUGUGUGUUAAUUAAGGAUAAUUUGUUUGGAAAGUAUGGUGUAUUUUGUGAGCUGCUUGUUUAGAUUGGCAUCUGGAGAGACUACAAUGUGUAGUUGUUCUUACUUCUAAGUUGCUUUAAAUUAGGACCAUUGUGCGUGAAACAUAUUGGAAGUGAUGUAAUUCCUGAUUACUGUGAGAGGAUUAAUGUU